ACCUCAUUUUUUUAUGUCAUUGUAACACUCGCAAGAAAACAAACUUUUUUACAAAACACAGUUAUAGAACUAGCCCAUUUCAAAUAUUUAUGAUACUUAUUAUAAUUUGUUUAUGUUUUGUGAGUGCAGUGACGAAUACGAGCCGGCCAGUUAUUUAUUAGUUUGUAACCAAUUUUUGUUGAAUAUUUAAAAUACUUCCAUUAUCGGUGAUACUAAACCAAAUUCUUGUUUUAAUCCCAGUGACGUGUCUAGAUUUUCUAAUAUUUUAACAAUACACAUAUCAACUGAUAAUUCAAUUUUAAAAUGCUGAAGUGUUAAACCAACAUGGUUGGUCUAAUUCCAGUACUUGGGAAAAAUCGUUUUGCUGUUUGUUUAAUCCAUAUAAAUGGAGACAUACUGUGAUCAUGUUGAUGCCGACGAUGAAAACUUACUCCUGGAUGAUGAAAACACUGCUAAAGCCUGCACUAAAUGCAACAAACAGCCCGAAAAUUUGACCAUUAACGCUUCUUCCAACAAUUCUUCCAAUGGUAUUGUAACAAUCGCUCCCAUGGAUGACCACAUUGACACCCUGGAAGAUUCACCCCUUCUCAUUAAUGAUUGUUACCAAGACGAAUUUCAUUGCCACAAUAAUUUGCAACAGACUGAAGACAAAAAAGCCUGGAAGAAACUCUUAAUUGCAUCAAUUCUGUGCUUCUUUUUUAUGAUUACAGAAUUAAUCGGCGGUUUUAUUGCCGGAAGUCUUGCCGUAAUGACAGAUGCGGCUCAUCUUUUUUCAGAUUUUAUCGGCUUUCUCAUUUCGCUUUUAUCUAUAUGGGUGGCACGGAAGUCGCCUACGAGAAAUAUGACGUUUGGGUUUUACAGAGCGGAGGUAUUGGGGGCGUUUUUGAGUGUGUUGACCGUUUGGUUACUUGCCGGCGUCUUUGCAGUACUUGCGAUUAAUAGACUUUUGAAAAAAGAGUAUGAUAUUGAUGCAAAUACCAUGAUGCUGGUUGCUUCAUUGGGCCUGGUUGUAAAUAUUGUGAUGGGGGCUGUCCUUUUCGGUUUCUGCCACAACCACAGUCACGGCCUUAGCGACCAAAGCAAUUCAAAUAUUAACGUGCGAGCUGCAGCAGCUCACGUUUUAGGUGACCUUUUACAAAGUUUAGGGGUGCUUGUAGCUGCGAUUAUUAUUAAAGUGUUUCCUAACGCCAAAGUGGCCGACCCUAUUUGCACUUUAAUUUUUUCAGCAGUUGUUAUUUUUACAACUGCUAAAGUUGCAAAAGACUCCAUUUGGUUGUUACUAGAAGGAAGUCCAAAACAUUCUGGUGAUUUAGCAUUUGAGUUAUCAAACAUUUCAAAUGUUAGACAUCUUCAUAAUUUACAUAUUUGGACUUUAUCGCCUGGGAAAGAUGCCGUUUCGGUCCAUCUGUGUGUUGAUAAAUACUGUAAUCGUGAUUCUAUUUUAAAGAAGGCUACUUCACUCAUUAAGAGUCGAUUAAAUGUGAUAAGUUGUACUGUUCAAAUUGAAACUUACAGUUCAGAGUUGAUUAAUUCGUGUAAAUUUUGUCAGUCAGUUCAGUGCUGACAAAGUUCUAGGUCAGACCGUUUCAGACAACACACAAAUUUGUAAAUGUUUUAUUUUCUUUAUUUAUUACAAUAAAUGUCAUUGGAAGAGCAAUCACUGUCCAAAUUGUUGCAAAUUUUCUAUUUCAUAAUAACCACAGCAGUUUUUAUAAUACUGAAAUAAAGUGAUUGAAUAAA